UGAAAGUUGAGAGGCGCUAGUUUUGUUGUCUUUGUGUAAAAGAGUGGAGCUCGAUCUCGCAGUAUCACUCUUCCCUCUUCCCCCGAAUCCUUUUAAAACUCUCCCCCUGGGUGUAUACCCCCCCGAACCUCUCCCCUUCUACCCUUAAAACCCCACCCUCCCCCAGAAUACAUCUCAAGGCACGGAUCAGAUUCCAUUUUUGUGACCAAAGACCCCGGCUUGUUGGACUCGCCAGCCCCUGUCGCUACGCGGUGCAGUUAUGGACUCCGGUGUGAUUGAAGGAGGGCUGAAUGUCACCCUCACCAUCAGGUUGCUGAUGCACGGCAAGGAAGUUGGAAGCAUUAUUGGCAAGAAGGGAGAAUCGGUGAAGAAAAUGAGAGAGGAGAGCGGUGCGAGAAUCAACAUUUCGGAGGGGAACUGCCCGGAGCGGAUCAUCACCCUGGCUGGCCCAACCACUGCCAUCUUCAAGGCUUUCUCCAUGAUCAUCGAGAAGCUGGAAGAGGACAUCAGCAGCUCCAUGACGAACAGCACGGCCACCAGCAAGCCGCCGGUGACUCUGCGCAUCGUGGUGCCAGCCAGCCAGUGUGGCUCGCUCAUCGGCAAGGGUGGCUGCAAGAUCAAAGAGAUCCGCGAGUCCACAGGUGCUCAGGUGCAGGUUGCCGGGGACAUGCUCCCCAACUCCACCGAGCGAGCCAUCACGGUGGCCGGCACCCCUCAGUCCAUCAUCGAGUGCAUCAAGCAGAUCUGCGUGGUGAUGCUGGAGGUGGGUCAGUCUCCCCCGAAGGGCGUGACGAUCCCGUACCGACCCAAGCCGUCAGGAUCCCCCGUCAUCUUCGCCGGUGGACAGGCCUACGCCGUUCAAGGACAGCACGCCAUCCCUCAGCCAGAUUCUUCCUCUGCCUCCAUCUCUCCACAGCUCACUAAGCUCCACCAGCUGGCCAUGCAGCAAAGCCCCUUUCCCCUGGCCCCCAGCAACCAGGGCUUCACUGGGAUGGAUGCUUCUGCUCAGACUGGGUCCCACGAGAUGACCAUUCCAAACGAUUUAAUUGGCUGCAUCAUCGGACGCCAGGGAGCCAAGAUUAACGAGAUCAGGCAGAUGUCGGGGGCGCAGAUCAAGAUCGCCAACCCGGUGGAGGGGUCCUCGGACCGGCAGGUCACCAUCACCGGCUCCCCAGCCAGCAUCAGCCUGGCAGAGUACCUCAUCAACGCCAGGCUCUCCUCCGAAGCGACUGGGCUGGCGACCAACUGAAGUCGUCUCCGCACCUUCUGCACUAACUCCACCCCCUCUUUUACCAUGGUCAGCUCUGUCAGUGGUUAAUGCAAAAAUCCAGUAUUCCAAAUUUACUCUUACCUUGUUUUUUUUUUUGGUGUUUUUGUUAUAAUUAUACCCACCCCAUAUCAGCUAAAAAAAAUAAAAAAAGUUUUAUUUAUUUUUUUCCUUAAAAGAAUUUUGUUUUAAAAUUCCCUUUGAGUCCAAUUGGUGGUUUUAAUGAUAUAUUUUUUUUUUUGAUGGAAAAAAACAAUCUUGUGCUCCAUCUUUCUUUGUCUUCAAAAGUGUAGAGGUGGAAAAAUCUGAAUAGGCAUAGGUUUAGUUCUGUAACGUCAGAUUUUUUUUCUUUAAAAAUAAAAAGGCAAAAAAAAAGAAAAAUAAAAAAUCCAAAAAAUAAAAUAGAUUGACUGCUCUCUUGCGUUUUAUUUUUGUUUGUUUGUUUUUUUAUUUUCAAUUUUUUUUGGUUAACCACGUCACCCUCCUUGGCAGGGUUUGCAGACCAACUGAUGCGUUUGAUAAUGGCCAAACUCACAUACUUUAGCGGUAGUACAUGUAUAAUAGUCACUGUGGGAAAAUAUUUUGUAGAAUUUGUCUCGUAAGCAGUGGCAUUUGGGUAUGAUGUAAGUUUAACACCAUUUAAAGUGGCAUAAAAUUUCUAGGUAUUAUUUUAACUGUAUGGGUUGACGUCAGACUUGAUUUGUUUCACUUUUUCUGUGUCAUUCCUAUUUUUCCACCUUCCCUUUUGCCCUAUUUUAUUUAAAGUGUUCGAGUGGGGGGUGGGGGGACGUCUGAAUGGGUUGGGACUCAUUUUGGAGACCAGCAGAGGGAAUGAUUUUUUUUUUUUUUUUUUUUGGUUAAUCUUUUGUUUUGUUUUUUGUUUUUUUGUAAAGACUGAUACUACUAAACUGAGUUGGAGUAUUUGUUUUAAAUGGAGAAAAUAUUUUUUUUUAAACUACCAAAGGGGGUGACUUCUGAUUGACAAGUCUGUAUAUGUGACAAGACUAUGAAAUUUGAGCAUUAAACUGAAACUAGACAAAGGACCGUAUUGGAUUAACACUAGUUUCCUGCUUUUCUUUGCUGGAGUCAGAUAUUUUUAUUCUUUGCGGGAAAAAAUAAACUCCUUUUGUGCACGUUUUCAAAGCUUACAGACCUGGGUGCCACAGAAUUGUUGGGGAAAAAUACAGAAUUAAAAAGAUGUGAAAUGCUAAAACAA